UGCGCACACACGCUGCGCCAUUCAAAUUUUGCUUUGCUCGACUGUUUAUGAUACGUCUGCGAUACGAUAGAUGGUUUAAAAGUGGUCCUUCAGGAUUACUCAGAAUUGAUCGUAACAAGAAACGACGUAAUUUGCGCGAAAGUAUCAACGUGUUGUUAAUUUCAGGAAGAGUAUCGUUUAUGCGUUUACGAGUCGUUUGUUUGUAACAUAACCUCAAUCUGUAUUUAACGUAAAAACGUUGUAAAAGAGAAAAAGAAAUCUUGCCAGAAUGGUAAAAAUAGCAUUACAAGUGAAAGCUACGUUGGAAAAUAUCGAAGAACUGAAACCGUCGGGAAGAGAGUUCAGAUGGUAUCUGAAGUUUACUUGCUGCAACUGUGGCGAAACAUCGGAGAAAUGGAAUUACGUGUCAUUGAGCGAGUCCAUUCCAGCUCAAAGGGGGAACGCAGUGAGUCACUUCGCGAGCAAGUGCAAACUCUGUUCCCGCGAAAAUUCCACGACCAUCUUGGAGGAUUCCGUCAAAUCGUUUCUCACGAACGAUCAGAACAAGUUUCAGACGAUAGCGAUAUUUGAUUGUCGAGGUCUCGAGCCUAACGAUUUCUCGGCAAGAGAGGGAUGGAUCGCUAAAACGAUAAACGGCGGGAAGGAGUUCACUGACGUAGAUUUAAGCGACGGAGAAUGGGCCGACUAUUGCGAUAAGAUUAAAGAACCUGUUGGGAUUUACGAAAUCGAGCACAAGUUUGAGAGAGUUAAGUAACAAAUUUUUAAGUUUUUGCUGCAGUGUGUCACCGCACGCGUGAUGGAAUAUUCGACGAAAACGUAGAAGUAACCUGAAUUCAACGUAAAUUUUUCAAAGAUGGACGCGAAAGAUUAUUUCGUUUGGUUUUCCUUUCUUUUUUGCUUGCUUGUCCAGUACUAAGCUGUUUCAAUGUACAUAUACUAGCUAGAUGUAUAAUCUGCGCGGGCAUUGUGCGUACGUAAGCGUUAAUACAUAUAUAAGGUAUUUAAAGGUAUCUACACACACACACACAUAUAUAUAUAUACAUAUAUCUAUUUGAUUUGAAAUUUGUAAUUUUCUAAUCUAGGUAAUAAAGAACUACUAAUGGAAA